AUGUCGCUUCAAGGUAGGGAAGAUAUUUAUGAAACAGAAGACGUUGAACCUUCGGAAAAUCAGAAAAACGACAGCGAGCCGACGGACACCGACGUCGAACUUGUAUGUAUUCAAUCAAAAACAGGAGGAGGAAUGAAAUUUGUUUAAGGUUGCCGUUGAUGUCGACGCAGCGCUGAAAAAGUUUGGAAGCCGAAUUUUGAACUUAAAGGCUGUCGGUGAGGAUUUUCUUCGAAUACAAACGAAUUGGAAUAAGAUUCAGAUGUUUCGGAUUCGAUCGCAAAGAAAAGAAGAAACUUCUAUGGGAACUCCCAAUAUGUGCUGGAAGUUGUUGGAAGUGGUCCGUCUUUAUUUUUUCUUUUUCUGAAGUUUUUAUCGAUUUCCAGCAUACCAAGGAAAUGAAACACCCGAACAAAGAAUGAAUCGGCUGAUUUAUGAAGUUUCCGAAUUGACGGAGCAACUCAAGGUUUCUUAUUUCAAUCGAAUGUUUUGUAAUACAUGUUCCAGUCCGAUCCCAGCGCCAGCUCUGAAACGCUCAACGACGAGUCCUUGAAUGGACUGCUCAAGGAAAUCAAGGUUUUCUCCAAAAAAAAAAAAAUGCUUCUGCAUGGUCAUUUUCCAGGAUUUGGAGCAAAAAAGCCUUGAUCAAGGCGAUGAAAAGAAAGAAACAGGAAAUGCCGCCGAGAGAUCGGCUGCCCAGUCCAGUGGAAACGUAGGAAAUUUUCAUUUAAAUAGUAGAUGUUUAAUAAAGAAAUAACUAGUUGAUGAAAUUGAGUGAAGGUUGAGAGAAAGAACAGUUCAAUUUUUCUCGAAAUGUUGGUUUCAAUUUUUUUUUUUUUUUAAUUUAAGUUUCGGACCUUUUCCGAAUAAAGAGAAAUCAUAGAAAUCGCUGUAUUAAAAAAAUGUUCCUCCUUCUGAAAAUAAUUUCAGAAAAAAAGAAUUUUAGAUUAUGUUACAAAGAUUUGUUAAAUUCAAGUUUGAAAAUCAUAAGAUAUACUCGGAGUCUUCAAUUUGACGAUGAGUAACUCAAAAAAAAAACUCAACAUUUUUAAAGUUGCUAAUCGACGAAAUUUUUUUAAAGGCUUUUUUUGUUGUGAAUCGUUGAAAAACAUUUGUUCCGCACCUUAAGAAUUCAUCAAGGUUUAUAAUUGAUCAUUUUUGGGGUGUUUUACGUGAAAAAGCAAUUUUCGUUUUGUCCCAUGAACACGCCAUUAGAAAAAGUCGGAAAACGAAAAUUUCGAUUUAUGUGAUAAAUUGAAAAAGUUUCCGCAUUCGUACGAACCUAUCGAUAUUUUUUGAAUGAAAUGUCUUCAUGAUUGCCUAUUUGAGUUGAAGUUUUUUGGUUAUUAUCUUUGCGAAAACUUCCCAAAAUUGAGAGUUUGAAGGCAAUCCGUCUUGAAGCGCGUUUGCGACGACUGGAAAGAGUCCUCGGCGCUUCGAGUGUGCCCACUGUCCCCUUGAUAGACACUGUGGAAGAUCUGAAGCUGAGGUCCAUUUUUAUCACCUUUUAGGGAAACCAAAAUGAACUAGAAAACAACUAUCUCCUUCAGAUGCGAAACGCUGAACCCCUCGUACGUCGAAGGACUCGAAACACGUAUCAACACCCUCCUCGCCAAACUUGACCAGGUUCGAAAACGAGGGAUCAUUCUCUUGAAUAACAUUCUUUGAGGUCGAUGAGAAACGUGGCAGCAACGCCGAGACGGACGAUCUGGAGAAAAAACUUAACGAAGUGCACGAGAUGAUGUCCAAGCGAGUUUUUGCUUUUUUUAUGGAUUGCUUUUUUCAAAAAAUUUGGUCAAUUCCGUUCGUUUUUUUUCAGAAAAGUCUAUGUGAUCUAUUCGGAUUUUUUUUUAAAUUCUAGCAAAAAACGAAAUGCGUUUUUUGAGAACCCAACAUUGAUUGCGCAGUAACGUGUUUAUUUUCUUGGAUGUUCAAGUAUGAGCCAUGAUCCUUGUAGUUAGGGGAAAAUAUUAAAAUAUUCCUGACCCCCUAGCCUUUCCUUUCCUCCAGGUGGGACGUCGCCUGCUCGUCUCUGCCGAGCAACACCAACAAGGUGAAAGCCUUGAGCCGCCUUCACGAGCAAGGUUAUAACUACCUUUCCAACUUCUCAAUGUCCCAUUCUCUUACAGCACAGCAGUUUGCCACGCGAUUGUCCUACUUGGCUUCGAUUCGUGAACAACUGGAGAAGGAGAUCGCCCAGAGCCGAACCAACGUCGUGGAGCUGCAGGUGCCUUUUUUAAAUUUCAUGAUUUUUGCCAGAAUGAUUUUCUUAUUCAUUCGAGAAAAUUUUUUCCGUAGUUAGUGAGACUGAAAGCUCUAAAAGAGAUUUCCGUUUUUCAGGAUAAUCAUAAUUAUCUCUAAACAUAUUUCACAUUCAAAAAUUUUUUUCGAAUCUAAUAUUCGUUCAAACAGAUUUAAAAAGACAGUUCAGAGAUAGAAACAUUUUUCUUUAAGAUGAUUUUCUUAUCAUUAUCGGAGUUUCGUAAAAGUUUCAUUUUUAUUCCGUAAUAAUUUUUUUAUUGAACGAUAAGUCACGUUUUUUUAUUGAUGUUUCAAAAAAAUUCACAAAUUUUGAAUUUCUUGGGAAAAAUUGAAUUUCAAUAGUUAUGAUGAGGAUAAGCUGGAAAUUCAUUUAUCGCUCACUAUAAAAAUCUACAGCGAUAAAUAUUUGAAUGCAAGAUGCAUUAUUUCUUUUUGCAAAAUGUCACAGUAUUCCUAAAUAUGAAGAGAAAAAUGACAAAUUUCGAUGCUUUGCAAAUCAGCAAAGCAGGGAAAAAACUAUCAAUCGAUGGAAUUUCAAGGCGAGCACCAGAGAAGCCGUUUCGGCUCUGAUGGAACGGAUCGUGUCGCUCGAGGGUCAACUCGCGGCACGAAAAUGA